AGCAAUCAGCUGUCGUGUCUGCGCAACAGUUUUUGACAUUCGCUUGUCUGCGUUUUGUGCGUUUGAGCGGCAAUAUUGGAAAGGGUGUUCAGGCAAAUUUUGUUUCAUAUGUUUUUUAAAAAAGUGACAAUGUUUAAAAUAAGUGAAGUCAAUAUUGACUUAUUUGCAGCUGGACCCGAGUAUUCACUGUGUCAUUGUGUGGCCGCCGAUUUGCGAAUGGGUAAAGGAAUUGCCGUCAAAUUUCGUAAUAAAUUUGGAGGGCUUGCCGACUUGCAACAACAAAACGUGCAACCCGGUGGCGUUGCCAUAUUGCAGCGUCAACAACGCUACAUUUACUAUCUAAUCACCAAGCAGAGCAGCUGGGGUAAACCCACCUAUCAGCUGCUCCACAGCUCCCUGACUGCCAUGAAGGAGCAUAUGCUCAAACACAAUGUGCAGAAAUUGGCGCUGCCUCGCAUCGGUUGCGGUUUGGAUGGCCUCAACUGGUCCAAAGUGAAAGAUAUGCUCAUCGAGAUAUUUGCAGCAGAUGAUGUUGAAUUACUCGUAUUUAAUUAUGUAGCAGGCAACACCAAAUAAAUAACUAACAGUAUAUAAAGGAGGAACACAUUUACUCCGGCGGUGGUGGCUCAAAGUUGUAAACGGUUAUCUCCACAUCGUCGCGGCCAAAGACUUCUUGCAACAAAAAGCGUACAAAAUUCCAUUCCAGUCCAUCGAUGCCACAUCCUAUGCGUGGUAUAGCCAACUUUUGUAUAUCAUUCUUGAGCUACAGUAAAAUUAAGAUCCAAGAUUAAUUAAAAACUAGUAUAAAUUUUA